CGUAUCUCUAUUAUCAUGUGUUUGUUAUUGUUUAUUGGUGUGAAUCGAAUAUGUUUAGUCUAACAUGUUUUUUUAUUGAAUUAGAUAUUUAACAUUUACAUCAAGAGGUGACGAUUAGAAGAGGAGGAUGUGGGAGUUAAAGAUAGCCGAAGGGGAUGGCCCCUAUUUGUAUAGCACUAACAACUUUGUUGGUAGACAAUUCUGGAAAUUUAAUCCCAAUGUCGGAACUCCAAAAGAAAAGGAAGAAAUUGAAAAGAUGCGUCAAAACUUUAAAGAUAAUCGGAAAAAUGGAGGACACCAUGCUUGUGGCGAUCUGCUGAUGCGGAUGCAGCUUAUGAAGGAAAAUCAAAUUGAUCUUAUGGACAUAGCCCCGAUAAGACUAAGUGAUGAUGAAGAAGUCACUUUUGAAGCCGUGACAACUGCAGUGAAGAAAGCGGUUCGACUACAUCGUGCAAUCCAAGCAAAAGAUGGUCACUGGCCUGCGGAAAAUGCUGGUCCCAUGUUCUUCACUCCUCCACUUUUAAUUGUUUUAUACAUAAGUGGUACCAUUAAUACAAUCUUGAAUGAAGAACACCACAAAGAGAUGAUACGGUAUUUCUACAAUCAUCAGGGAUAA